AUGUCCUUCGCCGACCUCAGCAAGACCCAGCGCGACGAGUUUGCCGCUUCUCUGGCGAUUCUGGCGCUCUUUGAUGCUGGUGUGGAGGUCACGGCCGACGCUUUGACCAAGACUUUCGAGGCCUCGGGCAACGACGUGGCUGCGUACGUUGCGCCGCUCUUUGCUGACCUGUUGAGCCGUGGUCUAGACGUUGAGAAGUUCCUGGCUGGUCCCUCCGCUGGAGCUGCUCCUGCUGCUGGUGGUGCUCCUGCUGCUGAUGCCGGUGCUGCUAAAGUAGUGGAGAAGGUUGUUGAAGAGGAAGAGGAGGUCGACAUGGGAGGCGGCAUGGACAUGUUUGGCGCAGAAGAAGACUACUAG